AUGGAAUCCUUCAAGUUUGGGAUUGGACGCCAAGCCCCACGCGGCGUCCCCCAGCCAUGGAGCCACCCAGUCAAACCAAAAGCACUGGGUAUACAAUCGGAGUACAUACUUCCUCCGUACGACCAACCCAACAACUUGAACGGUGUCUCAGAUCCGGGAUACCUUGCUUGCAUUCUUGCACUUGCACUCGAACGACCUUACGCAUCUGAUCUGAUCAAAUACUCUAUCAAGCCCCCGCAACCCAAUUGGGUACACACAUCAGCAAUCAUGGUCAAACGCAACGUCGCCAUUGCGAUCAUCAUCAUCGUCCUCUUCCUCCUUCUAGCCCUUGCCGGCUUUGCCAUCUGGGCCGUACAGAACCACGUCUCCUUCUUCUCCAAGAAGCGCGACCCAGAUGAGGAGAGUGCGGAAGGGUGA